GAGGAUGGGACACCGGGUGUCAUGGCCGUCUGCCACCAUUAUGGUAAAUUUCCACAAAUAAAUCUUAUUUUACGAGUUGCACAGUUGCCAGUGUAUUGCUGGACUGGAGGACAUCUUGAUCGACACAGUUAUCCACUAAGAAGAAAUUCGUCAGUUUCAUUCAACACCAAGAUUGUUCCACACCCUAAACACCAGUCUCUAAUUAUCUGUGAGUUUUCUGCAUCUUGGAAAACACAGUUCUCAGUUCUCCCCAAAUUUGCAAGAACAAUGGAAAAUAAUUUUGAUUCAGAAAGAGAAAAUGUCAGUGAAGAGAAUGAAAAUAUUUUGGCUAGGAAGCAGAAAAGAGAGAGAGAGACUGACUCAGCAAGUGACACCGGUAUGACUCCCCCACCCAAGAAGUCUCUACAAGAGAGCAGUAAUGUUUGCCAGCAGCCUGAAGAAGAAAUGGCAUCUCCAUCAGUGUCAUUAAACGCAAAACACGUCCAAGAAGAUAGAAUAGGCGGAAGUGCCAAUGGUGAUAAUGACCUGGGUACGAUGGGUCGCUCACAACACAAGGAGCUUGAGCCUUCAGAACUUGGCCAUACAGUGUUAGAAGAUAACGAACAUAUAUCUAAUAAAAAUAUAUCUAAACAGGAAUUGACAAAUAAAAGCACAUUAGAUUCUUGUUCCCCUGCCAGUGUGCGUAAAUAUUUUAAUAAGGGUGCUUUUGGAAUGCAGGGAUCAAAUUUGUCACUAAACAAGAGUUUGUCACUAGAUAGUCUUGACCAAGAUGUGUCUUUGACGGAAAGUUUAGACCAGGAUGUUUCCUUAGCAGAGAGUGGAAAUUUUUCAUCGGGCAUCUUUGAAACUGAGUGCGAGUCACUAAGUAGCAGUCAGGUAUUUCCUGAUGAUGAUCUUGAGAAAUUUGAAGAAAGUGCAACUCCUAUUGAUUCUGGAAAAGUCCUAGAUAAAAUUGAAGAAUCUGUGCCCCCUUGUAAAAAAAGCAAAAAUAAACAGUCCAAAGAUGAGAAAAAGAAAAAGAAGAAACAGAAGAAAGCUGUAGAGAAUGCAGAUGGUGAUGCUAACAAGACCCUCAGACCGAACUUUUUCUUAGGAAUCCAGAUAACUAAUGCUGAUAUUCACCAGGCAAUCGUCAAGGUCCAGGAAGAAAUGUUAGCAUACGACAAAUCUCUGAUGAGGUCAUUUAUUGAUGCCGCUACAUCUCACCUCACUCUGCUGGUAGCUUACAUAGAUACUGAUGAGGCUCUCCAAAUUGCCCAGUCAGCACUGGAUGAGUGUGGCACCAAAUUAAUGGAUGUCAUGACUGAGAAGCCAGUUAGAUUGACAUUCUCUGGAGUGAGUCAUUUUUCUAACCAGGUGGUUUUUGGACAGUUAGUGGAGGAUGAGCAGUACCAGCGACUGAUGGACGUAGCUGAACACACUCGCACUGUGUUCUUGGAGAAGGGUGUGUGUAUGCCAGACACUCGAGAGCUGCAUCCUCACCUAACAAUUGCAAAAUUAUCCAAGGCACCCAGAAUAAAAGGCAAGGUCAGUCACUUCUAAAGACUUUAAAAGAGAAAGAAUGUAUAUGAUGUGCAGGCAGGCCCCCACUUCACAGUGCUUUGCUUUCAGCGUUUCUCUGAUACAGUGGUACCUCGAUUUAGUACAGCUCCCAACUCUAACAAUUAUGUAAGUGUAUUUUUGGGGGUCUGAAAUGGACUAAUCUAAUUUACAUUAUUCCUUAUGGGAGCAAAUUCAUUCGGUAACGGCACUUGAACAGCCUUCUGGAACAAAUUAUGGCUGAAACUCUGGGUACCACUAUACAGCGGUUUUCAGUUAUAUCCAUUCUUCAUUUAUUCAGACUUCCUACAAUAAAUAUUUUCACCACUCGCUGUUAACUAAGGAUGAAAAUAUUUUAAGGUAAUUAAUGUGUGUAAGAGGCGACUAAAAUGCCGGGAGCAAGGGGCUAGUAACCCCUUCUCCCGUAUAAA